GUGCCCAUUUCGAUCAUCGUUGUCUUUGUUCGCGACGCCAUGAUUCUGCAUGUAUGACACGCUUGCAAUUACACUUUCCUACACUACUACUAGCUCGCUCCACCAAACCAGCUGCUGUUCAAUUAUCCCUUGUUUCUCCAUUCCUACCUUCCCCAUGCUUUCGCGGAUACCCUAUGGUCCCCGUCCCGUCCAGUCCCGUCCAGUCGCGAAAGGAAUCCCGAUUGCUGACUGCUAGAUUCCAUGUCGCGCAACAAACAGCCUUUGACCGCGGCGACUGCGAAUCCCAAUGCUGCCUCCGCCGCCGCCGCCGUCUUCAAGCGCAAUGAAACGCAACAAGCCUCGAACCUGUCUGCCGCUGCCGCCGCCGCCGCCCUCCGUGCCCGACCCAUCACUCCGACCAAUGUCGCCGAAGUCCAGACAAAGCGCACCGUCCGGCGCAGCGCCUCCGUGGCAUCCACGCGUACGAACCCCGAUGCCCGCGGAAGACCAAACCUGCGGCGCAGUGGGAGCUCGAGCUCCAUGACCGAACGCACCUUCCGAAGCCCCAGUCCACACCGACCCGAUAGCAGAAACUCCGGACGUCGCCAGUCUCAGUCCAUCGAGGACUUGCCCCCUGUUCCAGCAUUGCCCAAGAAUGUGGCCACGACCGUUGGAACGGCAGGGGCGGGCGCGCCCCAGAAGAGUGCGCACCGCAGAACACAAAGCAUGGGCGUUGAACGCGUCCCAUCACAGAAACUGGGGACGGACGAUGCUCCAUCUUGGUUUGGGCCCGCCAAAGUGAGAGACCUGUCAAGCGUCCGGAGAACGGAUCCCGCAAUGGCAAGCCCGCCAUCGAGUCCACCCCAGAUUGCGAUGCAUCAGGAAGAUCGGCCUGAAAGUCGAGCGUCAUCCAUCAACUUCUCGUAUCCAGCCCGGGUUAGGGUCGGCUCACCGCCAGUAUCCCCGGCUGAUACCCGCAGCACCACCGACUUUCCGGCCCAAGAUUCCCAAUCGGCGGUCCAGCCCCAGCGGUCAAGGGGUUCCCUAUUAUUAGAGGCGGGGACCCCAUCUUCCACUCGACCGCGAGCUUCCUCCGCCUCCGCCGCUGACAAAACAUUGGUCUACGAUCCCAACUCCCGUCGGAUGAUCAGACGUUCCGACCUCCUCGCCGUUGAACACGCCAUCAUAGCAGCAUCGCAGCAACCCACCCGAUCAAAGAAGAAGAAGCACCCACCCAAGGCUGGGACACACCUCGCACAAGGCACCGUGGGUCGUACUAAGAGUAACGUCCCAACAAGCGACCAGACCGGUAAUACCGGCACGACAAGGACAGCUCCACAGGUACAAGUACCAGCCCCUGUUCAACAGUCACCAGCAGUACACGACUCACGCCAGGAGACCGAAGAACGGUCACCCUCUCGAUCUGCUGUAACUUCGCCAGCUACUGAACCUCAGUCGACUGAACAACCACAGGAAGAGGACUCCGAGGUUGAAGAAGAGGUCAUCACCGACCACCAUCACCCAACAACAUCAACACCAAUGGUCGUAACUAAGGAUGGUCGCCCAAUGGUGAGGAGGUUGCCGUCCAUUGUGAGGGAGGAGCCGGAGUUGGAAGAGUCAGAGUCAGAUGAGACAAAUACAUCGAGGGUCUCUAGUGCCCUCGACUCGGUACCAUCUCGACAGAGGAUAGUCUCACAUACCCGCUCGCAAUCAGAACAACAACCAAUACAGUCAUCUUCCCAAGCUAGUCUGCUACCGAUACGGGCAGCUUCAGUGUCUCAGAAGAAGAACCAACCUCACCGGACCUCGUCAAUAAGCCCGGCGCGACAAGCACAUUUUGGACCUGUUCAAGAUACUCUAACUGUUAGGCAUUCACCACCACCCCGAUCAGUCUCCCCACGAAAGUCGGCUCUAAAGCAGACCAGCCCCGUCCGCGGCCCAUCGCCUUCUGAUCUCUCGUCGGAAGCCUCAUGGAGUACAGACCGGCCCGUGAAACGGAAGAAGUCCGUGCGGGUAAGCUUCGAUGAUGAAACCCAACCAGCCGUCGCCGAGCCCGCCCCUAAAGAGCGAUCGAUUUCACCGCCUCUGGCUAGCCCUACAGGUAUCCGUCGAUGGGCAAACGCGGACUUGUCGGCGACACUCGACGAUGAGGAGGUUAUGAAGCCACGACCGGCGCUUCCCAGCUUUGGCAGCGUGAGGAAUGUCAGAAAACCACAGCUACAGGAAGCGAAAGAGGACGAACGACCACUUCGACCGAUAGGAGAUGUUGCAUACACUACUCCAUACAAUACGCCACUUCCCUUAAGCCCCAUGGCUGAAAGCUUUGCGCAAAGCAGUGACUAUGCUAUAGGUGGCGUGCUUCAAAGGGAGCGCGAGGAGCGGGUCCGAAGCCCAGCUAAUAUCUCACGGUUUAGAGAACCGCUUCCACCAGUGGUUACGUCGGUGGAGGGCAGUGGAUAUGCUAGCGACAGUGAUGGGUCGACCAGUCUUGCGUCCGAGAUGACAGGCAGUUUAUACGAAUAUCCGAGUUUCAUGGACCCGCCACAACAACCGCGCCGGAACUCUCUAUCCUCACCACAAGUAUCUCCCGUCAAGACGGCCUUCCAGAAUGGAAACACCCCCGCUAUCGACUCGAGGUUCGCUCAGGAGGAAGCUCGGCGACGGAAUAGUGCUCCGAAUAUCCCGAUUAUCUCCUUGACGCAGCCAACCCCCCCAGUGAGUCAGAACGAAACGCCCAAAUUCUUUGUGGAAGUUCCCGGUGGGUUUCCCGAAGAUUCGGAUACGUCCAAGAGUUCGGCCACUGGUGUCGAACAAGUUACUGGACAACAGACGACAGGCACCCAAUCGCAGCCGACAUCGGAAAGUGAAUCGGAUGACUCAAGUGUAUACGCUGAUGCCCAUGAAGAUCUUUCUGAGGCCGAAGGGGAGGGCUUUCAGUCACUCAAUGCUGUUUUGGACUUCCCUGGAGCCAACAACUCCCGCCAACAUGAAGUCCCUGACACCCCAUCACCUCCCGAUCCGCCACGAAGUCUUGUGCCUGCACUUUCGACCGCCACGACAGCCAUUGGAUCUCACUCCGGCGAAUCGCCUCAAGAGGACGACUGGGAGCGGGCCAAGGCUUACUGGAGGAGUCUUACAGCUGAGCGAAGAGCCCAGCUGGAACGUGAAGCCAAGGAGGAUGCUGGAAUCGAAGGUGACAGGGAAGAAAUGAGCGCACCGGUAGAGAAGCCCAGGAGGAAGAAGUCGGUUGAGAGGAGGAACUCGGAAAGGCAGGCUUUAGCUGUGCAGACGGCUCGGCAGAUGAUGCUUGAGCAGCAACAGCAGCAACAGCAGCAGCAGCAGGCGCCGCCUCAGGAGGAGCAGCCCCGGAAGAAAAAGACCAAGGGGAAGGCAAAAGAAACGGCUACCCCUGCCCCUGCCCCUGCUCGCGUGAUCCCCGAGCGUACCUAUCAGAUUAAGCCUGGCUCCAAGUGGGAAGAGCCUGAAGUUCCUGUAGCACCGGUGGCAUCGACGAUGACGAUGCGAACUACUAUGCGUAGUGCGCCUCCUCAACCCAAGGCUGCCCCCGUGAACGACGGACCUCGACUCCGCAAAUCCCUGCGCUCUGAGCCUCCGGUCGAUCGCCGAGCAUCUUACCCAGAUCCUGCUCCUGUUCCUUCAACACCUCAACCCACGAAACGAGAACGUCGCGCAGCUUCAGAGGCUAACAUUCCCCGAGCCUCUACCAUCCGCUUAGCAAGCACACACCAGUCUCAUGUCAAGCGCCGCGACUCCACCAGCAGCGAGAGCAGCUUCAAGCGCGCCCGUGCUAGUUCAGCCGGCAACGGCCUUUCUGCUGGCGGCUUUCCUAAAUCUCUCCGUCCGAACUCGCCAGCUGCUGGAUCAGUAGACAGCCGCGGAAGUGGCUCUAAGCUUCUCACCUCUUUGCGAGCUAUGACGCCCACCAACUCGAACUCUAGACUUGACACCCCGCCCUCUAGCAGGGGGACAGUGGGUUCAGGCAUGGGUAUGGGUAUGCGCACCACUCUGCGUGACUCGGCAGCAAGUAACGGUGGAAGGAGAAGUUCUGGCGGUAUGAAGAUGCCUACACUGGGAAAGAAAGGGGGCGCUUCUGAGAAGAAGAGGACAUCGACUGGGAGUAAGUUCUCUAGCAGAUUCGGAGAUUCGAGCGAUGAGGAGGAUGCCAGGAUUUCCAGCAGGUUUAGAAGCCGGUUUGACGAGUCAAGUGACGAAGACGAGGUCGUGCCGCCGGUACCGGUGGUUCCAUCCAGAUUGAGGGGCUCGGCUUCGGCGCCUGUGGCGGCUGCUGGUCGGAGUAUGGCUCUGGGCAGUAUGCAUGGCAGACAGGUAUCCAUUGCUGAAGAGGAGGAAGGAGGGUAUGAUUACAGCAACGGGGUUGUUAAUGGUAAUGGUAAUGCGCGUGGUAGCGUUGGAUCCAUUGGUGGUCAUCAGAAAUUGUCGAAAACGGCGAGACUCGGUUCUGCCAUCUCGUCUACGCAAGCCGACUACGACAACGACGUAGCAGCGGGAAACGAAGAACUCAGUCGAACCCGCUCUGGCCGUGGUCACAUCCUGCCUACGUCGCAGACGGCUCCUAAUGUUCGGACUUCCGAUAUUCCUGCCGCUGCCGAGCAGCACCGUCCCAAGCGUGGCCUGAUGUCCGUUUUCUCGCGUAAGAAGUACCAUCACCAGCACGUCCAGGAAGGUGCCGACGCCAUCGCUCGCCCAGAAGCUCCAACGGAGAGCGCUGUGAGAAGGGAUACCAAGCUAGAGAGGAGUAAGGCCAAGUUGAAAGGGUUGAGGAACCAAGGCCAAGUCGAUCAAGACCAGGAGGUCGAUGUCGAGGAAAGGUUGCGAACCCCCGCUACCAUCGACACCAACAACACCUCUGAAAUAAGUCCCAAGAGCCAUCCCCAUCCCCGUCUCCAGAAACGCGGGUCAAUAAUGCCCAGCUUCUCUCUCCCCGGCCGAGGCGAAAAGGCACCACCCCCGGUCGAAGAGACUAUGAAUGGAGGAGGCAUCCCCAUGCCGGGGUUUAUUAGGAGAUCCGGCACCACUACUAAUCUUAAUAGUGGAAGUCUCGGGACGAGGUCUAUCAGCGGUGGAUCUGCUCACCCGAAUGGUCCGUUUGCUCCCGGCUUGGCUUCAAGGAGGACCAGUACCGCUACUGCUUUGUCUGCAGUGGGCACAGCGGGCAACGAGGUGGUUCCGCCUGAAAGGUCUGAGACUCCAACAGGGAAGAAGAAGAAGUUUGGCGCGUUGAGGAGGAUGUUCGGGCGGACGGAUAACGGCAGUGGGUAGUGUUCUGCUGCUGGUCUGAUCGUCCGGCGUAGUCCUUCCUUGCGGGGAGGGGAGCGGUCGAAGUUGAGGAAGAGGCGGUGGCUGACGUUAGGAGUGGGGUUAGAUACGGGAACGUCGGCAAGGAAAAGAAGAGAAAUGGGUGCUGCUUUUGGUUCGAUAUGAAGUAAUGGAUUGACGUUUUGGAUUCUUCUCCUUUCGGGUCUUCUGUUUUAUUAUUAUACCACACACAUAUCGUUUUCAGACGGUCAGAGACGGACAGGAAAGACACUCGGCG